AUGACACAAGAAGACAGAAAAUGGCUUGGCUUCAGUAGACUGUAUGUGCUGGUUGGAGCAGGGGCCCUGAUGAUGGCUGUGGGCUUCUUCGGCUGCUGCAGAGCCAUGCGGGAGUCACAGUGUGUGCUUGGAUCUUUCUUCACCUGCCUACUGGUGAUAUUUGCUGCUGAAGUAACCACUGGAGUAUUUGCUUUUAUAGGCAAGGAUGUAGCCAUACGGCAUGUUCAGACCAUGUAUGAAGAGGCUUAUAAUGAUUACCUGAGAGACAGGGAAAGGGGGAACGGGACUCUCAUUACCUUCCACUCAACAUUUCAGUGCUGUGGAAAAGAAAGCUCUGAACAGGUCCAACCCACAUGCCCAAAGGAGCUUCUAGGGCCCAAGAAUUGCAUUGAUGAAAUUGAGGCCAUAAUCAGUGUUAAGCUCCAGCUCAUCGGAAUUGUUGGUAUUGGGAUCGCAGGUCUCACGAUCUUUGGCAUGAUAUUCAGCAUGGUUCUUUGCUGUGCAAUACGAGCCUCACGAGGUAUGAUAUGAAGCUACUUCUACAUGAAAAUUGCAAUCUAGAGCCUUCAUACGGCUGUCACCAGAACUGUCUCCUGGCUCAUUUUU